GGCGUAAGAAGUUGGGGAGUUGGGUCAUUAUAUAAACCUUAGAAAGGGAUGUAAAUAUAUAGGAUUGCAAAAGCUAACAUCUCCAGGAUUGAAGACUGAAGAGCAUUUGCUGUGUGGAGGGUGGAAGAAAAUGAUUCACAGUGUGUCUACUGAAUUGGAGGUUGAUCUACCGGCUGAUGAUAUCUGGGCAGUAUACAGCUCGCCGGAGCUGCCAAAGCUCGUCGUCAAAUUGAUGCCUCAUGUCUACGACAAGAUUGACAUCGUUGAAGGUGAUGGUGGGGUUGGCACAGUUUUGCAGAUCGUACUUACCCCAGAAAUGAUGGAGCCGCGUACAUGGAAAGAGAAGUUCGUAGAGAUAAAUGACGGAAGGCGUAAGAAGGUGGUGCGACAAAUCGAGGGAGGAUAUUUGGACAUGGGAUUUCAUUUCUAUGAAGAUAUAUUCAAAAUCAAAAAGAAAUCCGAUUCAUCGUGCAUCAUUAAAUCAAAAUCGGUCUUUCGAGUUGACCACAAACACAAGGCCAAUGCUUCUCUAGUCACCCCCGAUGCAUCAGCGGAGAUGGCCAAGGCAGUUGCUGAAUAUGCCAAACAGAAGAAAGCUAAUAGCAGCAGCAGCAGCAAAGAUAAAGCUAAAGCAUGCUAUGAAUGAGAAACCAAUUAAAUAGAAUAAACAAUUCUGCGCUUUGACGCUGUGCAAUCAAUCCAUAGUUUAAUUUAUUUGAGGUUUGGGAUAAAAGAACAUGGGUUGGUUGAGCGUGUAAAUAAAUAAUGGAUUGGUGUUUGUUUGCUCUUCCACUUAAUGAUAUAUUCUCAUACCACCCAAAAUAAAUAAAUAAAUAACACAUGUAAACAAGGACGAGUGUAACUGCAAUGCAAUUUUCAAUUGUUGCAUGAGUAUGGGAAUUCAAAUGAAUUGAAUGCAGACUUUGCUUCAUUUUUGUUUCAAA